GAGAAAGAAGGCCGCCGGAUCUGCACCGAACAGAACAAGAAACAACAAACAAACAAAGCAAACCAACAUAGAAACAAACAAACCAAAAAAACCCACACAAAACAAAAAACAAAGCCAGAUCAACGAAGGGAUGGUGAAGAUCCGAGGUGAAAGAACGGAGGUGAUGGUGGCGAUGGUGGAUCUGCAGAAGGGAGAAAAAUCAAGUUUUUUUUUUUCUGUUUUCUCCUUUUUUUUUCUUUUUUUCUUUUUUUGGGGUGGAAAGAUCUAGCGGUUCGGAUCAAGUUGUGGGACCCGUGCCGUGGUUUAUUACUGUAAAUACUGGAUGUUUGGGGAUAUUAACCGGUGAGAGACAAAUUGGCUUUGAUCCACGCCGUUGAUCAGGGCAACAAGGCCGAUGCCUUUAACUCGCGCCAUUGAUCUCCUACCACUUAACUCAGGUGGAGCCUCCAGCCCAACACCAGGUCCUGAUGCUGUUCGUGAGACGACCAUUCUGUAUAAGCUCAAGCUUGAAGAGAUUGUGACUACUAUUCCCACAAUUGAGUUUAAUGUGGAGACUGUGGAGUAUAAGAACAUUAGCUUCACCAUUUUGGAUUUUCUUUAUUGUUUCGGCCCAGGUUCACUUCUUUUGCUAGUAACUCAUGCUGAUUAAUCUUCUUUUGAUUUAAUUUUGUGAGUUCAUGAUCAGUUAAGGGUUUUAGUGUGUUGAUGAUGUUCUUUUCUGUAAAUGAUCAAAGAUCUUGACGACCAUACAAAUCAAUCGUGGGUAUGAUGAAAGAUUCUUCCUUUUUGUCAAUUGAAAGAAAUUUGUGAUCUGUGUAGUUGAAUCCGCUGUUUUUAAUACAUGAUCAUUGUAGCCAAAUGUAAAAGAUCCGAAUCAAUUAUCAUCGGUAGCCAAUUUCAUUUCCAUCACUCCAAUUUUGAGUGGUGGUCCUUAGGGUUUUAUUUUUUAUUUUUUAUUUUUUUGACUGUUUAAUUAUAAAAUGGCAAGUCAGGUUCUGUUAUUGAGUGUUUAGGGCCAAUAAAAAGGAGGUUGUGUAAUGAAUUUUUUUUCUUCUUUUAAGAGUACAUGGUUAUGUAUGUUUUUAUCUUUAGGCCAUUGAGAAGCAACCUUCAAACUUACAGGUAGAAGCACUUACUAAUCAGGAAGAAGUUGAAUUGCGUUCCAAGAUUGAGGCCCUUGGGUUGGAGGUUAGGAAAGUCCCUUCAAAAUCCAUCCAGAGCCUUGAUGAGUUAUGUCAUCCAAUCUUACAUCUGCCAUUACUAUUUCCUCUUUAGAAACAAUUUGAGUAUGGAAAUAAAUGUAGUGUCAUACAUGUUUGCUUUUAUUUUAUGACAGGGAAUCGGAUAAAUUUUGGGCAAAGCUGAAUGGUGUGGAUGAUAUGAUCUUCAGCCACAGCCUUAGAUGCAGAGGUGCAGUCUCUCUUGAGCAGUAGUGCCAAUUUAAGGAUGGUAGUUAUUACUGCCACUGCUGAUGAGC